AGGUUGUAAGCCCCGUUUAGGUAGGUUCGGAAGAACCCAAGUGAAAAGAUAGUUUAAAGGUUGUAAGCCCCGUUUAGGUAGGUUCGGAAGAACCCAAGUGAAUAACUGUAACAAUCGGCCACAAACACUUCCGUAGAAGAUCCAUAAGAGCUCCACACUCGUCUUAGCGCCGAUUCACACGAAUGCAAAUCUGGAUCUCCCAUCGUAAAGCACACUCGUUUCCGAGGCCCACAUCUCUGUGGUUUUUUAGCCCGGGGACUUUCCUGGGACUGGACCCACAUUACGCAAGCCCACGGCCCAUUCACUUCAACCUUCAAACUCGAAUUAAAGCUUCUCUUCCUACAUUGCAUUUAUAAAUCCUUCAUUUCUUACUCAAUCUUUCGAUGUGGGAUAAUUACUUCACUUCCCCCUAAACCCAAAACCCUUAAAAACUCAUUUUCAUUUUUUUUGGAGAGAGGAACUACCGCCAUUGUUGAAGCUUAAAGUGUGUUUUUAGAGAGAGAAACUACCGCCAUUGUUAAAGGUUCUGUGAAUUUUAGAGAGAGAAAGAUGGAUUUUGAAGAUUUGGAUGAUCCGUUUCAAGCACCGAAGCCGAAACCGUCAAGAUACGCGCCGAAGAAUGCUAGGUUUCAGCCGAAGACGAAGAACUCCGGUGCGAUGAAAUCGGAGCCGAAGGUGGAGGUGAAGAAGGAGGAGGAUACUACGGUGCCUGUUGCGGCGGCGAAAAUGGAUGUUGAUAGUGUGGAGCUUAAAGAAGAGGUAAUGGAGGAGAGAGAAAUUCCGGAAACUUCGAAUUCUAUGGAGGAAGAUGUUGAGGAAGAUUGUGUUGUCGCUGAGUAUGAUGUUUAUUUCACUCCUCGUGAUCCUGCUACUCAGUUGUAUGUGCUGCAAUAUCCAUUGAGACCGUCGUGGCGGCCGUAUGAGUUGGAGCAGCGAUGUACUGAGGUGAGAUAUAAGCCGAAGAGUGGAGAGGUGGAGGUCGAUUUGUCGAUUGAUACGAAUUCUGAUAAUUAUCUCAAAUCUGAUAUGGAUGAUGGAAAAUUGGUCACGCAGACUUUGUCGUCUUCAUGCAGGCCACCUCAAACAACUAGUUAUGCUGUUGGGGUGUUGUUUGGUAAGAAGCUAUAUCUGAACCCCAUUCAUGCAGUUGUGCAGCUACGACCGUCAAUGGAAUCUUUAGAUUCUUGUGGGUCAAAGAUAAAACAACCAAACGUUACUUUCAAAGAAGAAGGAUCUAAUAAUAGUGCUGUUGCUGGGCCAUCAAGGAAGGAGAUGAAACAAAUGGAUCCAGAAGCUGUGGAGCCAUGGACUUCCCUCAAGUAUCACAGCUCAGCUACUGGACUCGCAGAAAAAUAUCUGAGGAAGAUGGUGACAGAACAGAAGGAUCCAUUGCAGUUUUUGAUGAAUCCGUAUGAUUACGUAAACUCCUUGUGUCCUAAAGCGGUGAUCAACAAGAUGACAUCAAGAGGACCAUCUAAACGUUUUUUGCUUUCCCUUCCACUGGAGGAACGAAUUAAGACGUUGCUUGUUGAGGGACCUUCUAUUCAGCGAUUUAUUGCGAUUAAGCAUCUUGCGCCUGAUGACCCUGUUGAAGAAGUUCUUGAAAUCCUUCAAAAAUAUGCUCAUUUAGUACAAGGCCUCUGGGUUCCAAAAUCUAGCAUCCGGCAUCCAAAUGCACGUGGACCAGAAAUUUUAGCUAGAGAUUAUGCUCUUCUUCUGUUCAGCCAGAGACCAUUCAUAAAAGACACAGAAUUAGAUGUCCUGGGAUCCCAGAAAUCUACUGGGAAAGUUGUACUAAGAGAAUUAGCUGUUGAGAGACCAUCCUGUAAAGAUUGGAAGUUCAAAGAGGCUACAGAUGUUUCGUUUAUGAAACUUCAUCCAGAUGUUGUCGAGAAACAAAUGAAGCUAUGGGAAGUUAAUGGGCAACUGAUACAACAAAAAUUCGCCAAUCGUAAAGCAGGGCAAGGUUCGAGAAGCUCCAACAGACCUGGAUCCUCAACGCCUUCUGAUGAAGGUGCUGUGAGAGCAACAACUGUGGCACGCUCUGCAAGCACUUCCAUGUCAAAAGAAACUCAAGAAGCUCUACCUAAGGUUUUGAAAAAACUUUUCCAAUCACACAAAGUUUGCAGCUUUCAAACAAUUUGCCGAGGUCUGAGGGACAUGGCAGUUUCUAUGUCUGCCCUCCCAAAGGCUGAUGCCAGAGCUGCUGUGGCUGCUGCAAAGGGUGUUGAUGCCCCUCAAGAAGAGCUUCAUGCCGCUAUAUGUGAAAUCGCGUAUAAUGUCCACGGUGUCUAUAUGUUGAAAUCAUCUUCAGAGCAUCCAGAAUUUGAUCAAUUGAGAAAAUUAGUUGUUGACCUUUUUCUUGGAAGCUGGCCUAAUGCAAAGCUUAAGAAAGGUGAAUUUAUGGAAGCUGCUAAAAUCAGACUUCAAAAGGAGCCCAGUAAUAGUGAAUUUCAGAAGGUCAUAACUGAAUUAUGUGUAUCAAAGGGAGGGGCUUGGGUGCUAAAAAGUGGCGAUGGAGUCCCCAGUUGACCAAUUAACUUAUCUUGAAAACGAUGUAGAGGAUGCAAGAAUACCAGUUUUGUUGCUGCUGAUAUUGUCCUGCAAAAAGACUUGGAGGUAUCAAAUGGUGAAGAAAACCAUAGAGCUCAUAUAGUACUGCGUUGCAAAGAUGGGGUGGACUUGAUUGAGGAUGGGAAGACAGGCCAUUGAGCUAGGCAGUAUAAAUGAAGCACUAACCAUCAUUUUUUUCGCGGUAGGGGUAGAGGGUCCUGCUAAUUGCUAAUUGCUAGUUGGGAAGUACAUGAUGCAGCCGUAAAUAUUACUAUACUAGUUUUCAAUCCAGUGCAACCUAUCGAUAGUGAAUUAUUUGAUGAUUACGAAUAACAGUGAUUUUGAGGGUUUCUAAUUUGAUAACCGUACCAAUUUUUGCCAAAAAAUAGUUAGUAUGAGUAUUGCCUUA